CUCUGAUACAGGUAAAGUUAUGGGGGUCUUAAACUGGUGCACACUACCCCAAAGGAGGGAACAACACAUUCUUAACUUCAUGUACAAAGUAAUCAGAAACCAGGUACCCUCCUAUGUAUCUUCAAUAUUUGAAGAAUUCAAAAAUCCAGCUACCAGAAGAACAAGCAAUACAGAAGUAUACCAAAUUCCUAUAAGGUCAACUGCCCAAUUUAUUAAAUCCCCUAUUCCUAAUGCAAUAUCACUGUGGAACAAAUUACCUAAACCUCUUUUAGAAUAUGCCUUAAAAUUUUCCCUACCAUCGUUCAAAAAAGAAAGUAAUAAACACUUUCUGCCCAAGAGAAUAAUCAGUUCAACGUCCCUGAUUAAUUUAACAAGGUCUCAAGAAAUCACUCUCAACAGAGCUCGUGUAGACUUAUUUUUGAAAGCAAGACUUUUUGCACACCAAUUUACAUUUAUAGACUCGGCUCAUUGUUCUUGUGGCAAACCUGAAACACUAAAACAUUUAUUUUUCAAGUGUCCUCUAUGCCAAAUUAAUAGGCAUGCCCUGAUGGAAGAGGUCAACAAUAACUUCUAUAAUAAGAUCAGCCAACUAACAAACAUGGAUGAUAAACUUAAUUUUCUCUUAUAUGGUGACGAGGCACUAUCCUUAGCAGAAUUAAGUAAACUUCUUAUCAUCGUCAGCAACUUUCUCCAUGACAACAAGACAUAGCAAAGAGGUCUCAUCUAAGCCCUGGAGAACUCAUAAUAUAUUUAUUUUGUUUUUUACACAUCUACUUGGCACAAACCCCUCUGGUCCCUGGGAUACCCUUCGAUGCACAGUCGUCCUCAAACAGCUAAAUAUUAUACUUAAUUUUUUACAUGUAAGUGAUGGCCAACCUAUAAUGCCAAUAUGGCGAUUGGUGGCCGAAAAUGUAUUGACUUUACCUCAAUAAAGUUUAUACUAUAAAAAAAAAAA